AUGGACUCAUUUAAUUCUGCUUUGGGCAAAAAUAUCACAUUUGUGCGUCCACCUUUUUUCAUCAUACGAGGUUUCAUUGGUAUCCCAAAUGUGAAAUAUUACUAUGUAUUUCUAUUUUUUGUCUUUGUCUUUUCUAUUAUUGGAAAUGCAUUUGUGAUGCUUCUUAUACUUAUGGAUCAUAACCUACAGACUCCAAAAUACAUUGCAGUUUUUAAUCUUGCCUUGUGUGAUUUGCUCCAAAUCUGUGCAUUAGUCCCAAAACUUCUCGACUUAUUUCUGUUCAACCACAAUCGUAUCGCUUACAAUGAGUGCAUGACGUUUUUGUUUUUCUGUUACACUUGCCUUUCCAUGGAGGCCUUGAACUUAGUUGCUCUUUCCUACGACAGACUUAUUGCUAUAAUUUCACCGCUGCACUAUACAACCAGAGUCACUCACAAGUUUAUGUCCACAUUAAUUGCAUUUUUAUGGAUUUUUGUUGUACUUGUUGUGUUAAUUACAGUUGGUCUCCUGACAAGAGUUUCAUUUUGUGAUUCUUUAAUUAUAAAAAGUUAUUUUUGUGAUCACGGCCAGCUGUAUAUACUUGGUUGCAAUGACACAUUUCCAAAUUGGGCUAUAGCCAGUCUGCUAAUUGUACUUAUUCUGUGGUUUCCUCUUGCAUUCAUUUUAGCGAGUUAUAUCCGAAUAAGUAUUGCACUGGCCAAGAUAGCAACAAAUCAAGAACGAGUAAAAGCAUUUAAAACUUGCUCUGCACAUCUUUCCCUUGUGGCGAUUUAUUUUGUACCUGUUUUAACCACUUUUACAAUAGGUUCAGCUUUAGAUCCAAAUGUUCGGAUCAUAAACCUUUCACUAACAUCAGUGGUGCCACCUCUGUUGAAUCCUGUCAUAUAUGUGCUACAGACGCAAGAAAUCAAAGACUCUAUAAAGAAACUUAUCAAAGUAAAAAGACAAAAGGCCAUUACAUUGAGGGCAGUCAAGUGA